AUGCCUUCUCGCGGACAUGAUGAGUCCGAAGAAUCCUUAAAUCAAGGUAAUUUUCUUGAGCUUUUGAAAGUUAUUGCCUCUUGCAGCGAUGAGAUAUCUAGUGUUGUACUAAAAAAUGCUCCUGACAAUCUCAAACUAACAUUACCGAGAAUUCAGAAGGACAUCAUAAAUGCAUUUGCUGUUGAGACAACAAAACUUAUUGUACAAGAUAUGGGAAAUGAUUUUUUCUCCAUAUUAAUCGAUGAGUGUCGAGAUAUAUCAGUCAAAGAGCAAAUGGGUGUUGUGGUGCGAUAUGUGGACAAGAAUGGAUGCGUUAUGGAACGCUUUCUCAGUGUAGUGCAUGUCAGAGACACGGUUGCAACCUCACUUGAGAAGGCACUUGAUUCUUUGUUAUCUAUGUAUGAUUUAAGUGUAUCUAGUUUGAGAGGACAAGGAUAUGAUGGUGCAAGCAACAUGAGAGGUGAAUUCAAUGGAUUGAAAAGUUUGAUACUCAGGAGAAAUCCCAGUGCCUAUUAUGUACAUUGUUUUGCUCACCAGCUUCAACUCACAAUUGUCGUUGUUGCCAAAAAGCAUACAAGUAUCGGAUCUUUUUAUAAUGUUAUCAACCGUUUGUGUAAUGUUGUUGGAGGUUCUUGUAAGCGCAGAGAUAUACUUAGAGAAAAACAGAGAGAGAAUAUUCUAGAAAAGAUUGCAAGUGAUGAAAUUACCACCGGGACAGGAUUGAAUCAAGAGAUGUCAUUAAAGCGGCCUGGAGAUACUCGUUGGAGUUCACAUUAUGGUACUCUUAUCAACUUGAUUCAUUUGUUUUCUUCUAUUGCUGAUGUUCUUGAAUAUGUGGGGGAGAAUGGUGAUGAUUCGUAUAGGGCUGAAGCGGAUGAUGUGUCAGAAAUUAUUAAUCGCUUUGAGUUUAUUUUUGUGUUACAUCUUAUGAAGCAAAUCUUGGGAAUCACACAUGAGCUCUCUCAAGUGCUACAAAAAAAGGAUCAAGACAUUGUUAACGCAAUGAAUCUUGUCAAAGUAGCAAAAGCACGUUUGCAAAUAAUGAGGGAAGAAGGUUGGGAAGUUUUGCUUACUGAUGUUUCUAAGUUUUGUGACAAAUAUGAGAUAAUUGUGCUUGACAUGGAUAAUGAGUUUGUACCUCGAGGAAGAGUACGUAGAACUCAAAAAAUGAAGAAUCUCCACUAUUUUCGAGUUGAGAUAUUUUGUUCUGUGAUUGACAUGCAAGCUCAAGAGUUAAAUCAUCAUUUUGGUGAAACUAACACGGACUUACUUUUAUGUAUGGCAUGUUUCGAUCCUAGAGAUUCAUUUUCUGCAUUUGAUUUGGAGAAGCUGCUUCGCCUUGCUAGUUAUUAUCCAUCAGAAUUUUCUGGAGUUGCUUUGGAUGAGCUUGAAACUCAACUUCAAAGCUUUAUUUUUGAUAUGUGGAUAGAUGAAAAUUUUUCACAGUUAUCUGGAAUCGGUGGUCUUGCUCAGAAGAUGGUUUCUACAAGAAAGCAUGAAAUCUUCCCAUUGGUUUAUUUGUUAGUCAAGUUGUCAUUGAUCUUGCCGGUUGCUACUGCCUCAGUGGAAAGAGCAUUUUCAGCAAUGAAAUUCAUCAAGAGUUCUCUACGUAAUAGUAUGGGAGACCAACUGUUACAAGAUUGCUUAGUUCCUUACAUUGAAAAUGAUGUCUUUGUUAAUGUUACUAAUGAAACUAUCAUGCAGCGAUUCCAGAAGAUGAAGAAUAGAAGAGAAAUGUUAUGA